AUGACAUGGAAAAAACGCUAUUCUUGCACAUUUGCUUUUGCCCUCUUGAUUACUCCAAGUAACAGAGUCGACGCACGGCAAAGCACGAACACAAGUGUUCACCGGGAAACUGCUUGGACCUCUGAGCGCAAGAGAUCACUCAGAGCAACUACAAAAGACUUGUGGUACCAUGGUUUUGACCAUUACAUGUCCCACGGUCCAGAUUGGGAAAAUCCCGCAAAUAUAGCACAUAAUGACGUUUCAGGAAACUACUCCCUGACUCUCAUUGAUGUUUUAGACACGUUGGUUGUGCUAGACGAUCCUCCAGGGUUUCAGAACGCGGUCCAAAAUGUCCUUAACUGGGUGUCGUUCGACGUCAACACAAAGCCACAAGUAUUUGAGACCACUAUACGGGUGUUAGGCGGACUUUUAUCUGGCCAUAUGUUUGCAAGUCAACCCGGCCAACCUUUUUAUCUCCCAUGGUAUCGUGGUCAGCUUCUGACAAUGGCGUAUGAUCUUGGGAAUCGACUAUUGCCUGCAUUUUCCACCCCUACUGGUCUGCCUUUCGCUAGGGUUAACUUGCGGCACGGGGUUCAGCGGGGAGAAUCCCUUGAAACUUGCACCGCUGGCGCUGGUUCUCUGAUACUAGAAUUGGCUACCCUCAGUCGUCUCACUGGAGACGACCGCUUCGAGAAAGCGGCAUAUAAAGCUUUCUUCGCACUAUGGAAUAGAAGAUCUGAUAUCGGUUUAGUCGGCAACACAAUUAAUAUUUGGACAGGAACGUGGACAUUACCAGAAGUAACAGGAAUCGGCGCAGGCGUUGAUUCUUUCUAUGAAUAUGCCCUGAAGUGGUAUGUAAUGAGUGGUGAAGUAGAGUUUCUUGAUGUAUGGCAUGAAGGUUAUGCCGCUGUGAUGAGAUAUUCCCGUUCUCCGGACGGUCAUUGGUUUCGCAAUAUCAACAUACAUACGGGUGAUCAAGCAUAUGCCACAAUUGAUUCUCUAUCUGCUUUUUGGCCUGGUUUGCAAGUCCUGGGUGGUGAUAUACAAAAUGCCAUCAAAUCCCACAUGACAUACUGGAACAUCUGGAGACGACAUUCAGGUCUUCCUGAAAUAUGGGACGCUCAUUAUCUGCAAGCAACGUCAUUUCAAUACCCGCUUCGACCAGAGUUCGUCGAAUCGACGUGGUACCUCUAUAGGGCCACUCGAGAUCCGUAUUAUCUAGAUGUUGGUGAACGUAUUUUGAGAGACCUAAUUGUCCGCGCCAAGGUGAAUUGCGGGUUGACUGGUAUUCAAGAUUUGCGGACCAAUGCCAGAGAUGACAGGAUGGAGUCGUUUGCAUUAUCAGAAACACUCAAGUAUCUGUACCUUUUGUUUGACGAGGACAACCCGCUACACAAAGAUGAUUCGCAUUACGUUUUCACCACCGAAGGGCACAUUCUAUCACUUCCAAGGGAAGUUCUGAAGCCUAUGUCUCGUAUUCGACGCAAGAUGCGUGGCGAGGAGAACCACCAAUGCCCCCUGUAUGAACCUGUACAGGACUUAUUGCCUGAUGGGACCAUCAGUGGCCUCAUCCGAGGCGUCGGUUCAAGAGCAGACGUUGAUUAUGCCAGAUACCUGGUCGGAUUGCGAUCACAGGCUCUGGAUGAGCACCACUGGUCUCCUGAUGGCUGGUGUGCAAUCCCUGAAGUUGAUUUAUAUUCUUUUGAUUUCAUCAUGUCACCCGGUGGCAAGGUGGUGCCCGAGGAUCCUAAUCCUAGCCCCCUCAAACUCAAGACAGUGGCAGAUGGUUUUAUUCUCCACAAUGUGACUGGCAUCCGGGCCCACGUUGUCAGUCGAUUGGACCGUAAAGGUUACGACAUCACGAAGCUUGGGCCACACGCCGUCCGUACAGGACAAAUAGUGUAUGUCAACGACUCGGCACUCUGGAACCCUCCAGAUCCUCGCCCAACUUACCGUAGCAAGGACGUUAAACUCCGUAUCUUUCUUGAUACGUUUGACACAGUACUCACAGCACAACCCGGAGCUUCGAGUUUCAAUGGGGAGACGUACGUCAAUGCCUAUACUGCCCAGUUCGGUGGAGACUUGGCUGCACCUGACGCCUCCGACACCCUUCUCUUCGGUUAUUGGGAGGGUACAGAGGUGCAGCAGGACAAAGGCAACCCCCUCGGAUGCAAACCUUAUGAAACCAACUUCGACGGAAACGCCGUCCUCGUCCAUCGUGGUGAAUGUGCAUUCCUAGAAAAGCUGGUCUAUGCGCGGGAUGCAGGCGCUUCAGGAGUCAUUGUUGUCAGCGACGAGGAUACUCCUAUUAAUCCUUCUGCUUCACCCGCAGAGAUCGCUGCUGCGGGCGACCUCAGCAACGUCGCUUUAGUGCUGUUGCCGUAUACAGUUGGCAAAUCUGUUACUGCCAUGGUAGACGCUGCCGGGAUGUUUGGCUACGGACAUGUCAUGUUUGCUGUUGAUACCGAGGCGCAAGCAUGGACAGAGGGAGUAAUAGAUCCGACGCCAGGGGAAGUUGGACAAAUCCUGUACAUCAAUGGACAUCCUCUACUAAAUACUAGACUAAUAAUAUAA